AUGCGCUCGCCCUACUCCGCCAACGAAAUUAGGCACCUCUGCUUCACGCCGUCCGGCUCGCACCUUCUCGCGGCCGUAGGAAAGGGUGAUGCGAAGCUUGCGUUGGCCCUGUGGUCAGCCGACAAGGGUACGGCGAUGCCUCGAAACAACUCGGCGGUGGGGUAUUCGGGCUUGGAGGUGUGGGACUUUUGCGAUGCUGUGAAGAGCCAGCGGCUGCUCAAGCAAGACGACAUCAAAAUCCGGGCGCCCGUGGCGUGGAGUCCCGAUGGCACGAUGCUGCGCGGGCACAAGGGGGUAGAGGCUACAGUAGAGAGGCUGCUGAUGGGCCAUACGGAGGAGGUAACGCAACUGGCUUUCCUGCCACAUUGGGAGGGAGAUGGGAAGGCGCUGGUAAGCGCGGGGAAGGAUGGGUAUGUCAGGGUAACGAAUAUCGCGUCAAGGAAGACGCUGAAAAAGAUUAAGAUUGAGGCGAGAUCGCCCCCGAGUAUACUGAAGGUGUCGCUGGGUGGGAAGCUGGUAGUAACGGUGUGGGGAAGGAAGGUGGUGCUGUGGUGUCUGAACUCUGGGCGGGUGCAGAACUACAACCUGAACGUAGUGCGGCAGAGCGAGGGGUGGCCGCUCUGUGUCUCGCCAGAUUGCCGUUUCUUGGCUUGCCGGACUGAGGAAGGGUUCGACGUCAGCGAUGUAGCUACGGCGACUCGGCUGGCGGUUGGAGAUUACUGCGGGGAGGUCCAUAUGUUUGACAUUGUGAUAGCCUGA